UGUUGAUGUGUACCUGCCCUCCCGCCGGCGUGGUUAAAGCCCCCGCCGUGGCACGCCACUCAGCGUGCUGCUGCACACCGGGACCCAGCUGCAGCAGGGAAGACACGCAGGCCUGAACGUUGGUGUGCAGGGUGUGUGUCGCAGCUCUCCUUCAGCAUCAUGGACACAGAAUAUUCUAAGAGGGUGUACCAGGGCGUUCGGGUCAAGCACACGGUCAAGGACCUGCUGGCGGAGAAGCGAUCCCGGCAGACCAGCGGACCCAGAUACAGUGGAGGAUCGACCACUCCUCCAUCAUACGUCCAGAUGCCAGGCUCUCACAUGCUGCCCAGCUACUACGGCAUGAGGCGUCCUUUCAUCUCCGACUCGGACUUCUGCACGUCCACAAAACAGUUCUCCCCGGAUGUUUACUCCACCACCCUGGGCGGUAAACCCCUGGGCUGCGACCCCUCCACCAUGAGCAGCUAUUCCUCCCUCAUCGACAGCUACUACCCGGAGACCUUCGGUGACUACCGCAGCGCAGCCACCUUCUCCAGCUCUGGGGGGUCCUUUCUACCAUCGCCGGCCAUAUCCUCACUGCUGCCACCCUUCGGUGCAGAGUCGUCGCAUUUAUUCCUGAGAGACUCCUGGGAGUCCGGUCCAGAGCCCGUGUCCCAGGUGGAGGCCCUGUGUCCAGACAGCCUGGCCCCCGUCAGCAUCCCGCCCUCCCUCCCCAGCCCGGAGCCACCCGCCAGCCCCUCCCAGUACCGCUCCCCCAGCCGGGGCUCGUCCCUGGGCCCCGCCCCCAGCGGCCAGCCCUACACCCUGCACCCCCUGGAGGACGUCCACUACCACCCCCUGACCGCCGGCGGCCCCUACCCCGCCCCGCCCUCCUCCUCCUUCCCCUGCCCCCCCUACAUGAGCAGCCCCGUCGGGGACCUGGUGUCCAAGAUGGUGACGGAGGAGACGGCCGACGGCCACGGCAGCCUGGCCGGCGGCGCCGAGCCCCACUCGUCCUGGCCCAAGGAGGACGGCGUCAGCUCCUGGUCGCCCUACGAGAUCAGGAGGGCUUACUGAGAAUCUGAAGGAACCUCUGUAUGCUGGGAAGUUUCAGAAACAGUUCAACAAAGAAUCCAACAAACUCUGAGCCUGUUCUGUGACAGCCGUUGGACAAUUUUGUUAUUCAUUUCUGAUUUCUAAUUUAAAAUGUUGUCAUUUCUUGUAUUGUUACAUAACACUAACAGCCUCAGAUGAUUAAUAUGCACAACAUGAUGUGAAGGAACAUUCCCGCGUACUGUACGGAAGACAAACACAAGACGUUCAUUUUCAGUCACUUCUUUAAAAAAAGAUACUGGACGGUGUGACAGAAAACAGAAAAUACCACUCAGCAGCAGUUGGAAAACGGGGAGUUACUUUCCAAUAUGUGAACACAAUGAGUGGUUGUGCUUCUAGUUGGUCCGAUGUCUCUCAUAACCUUUGACCUGAUUAUGGAGACAGAAGGAAAUCUUCUUAUGGAUUAUCCAUAAAUCACAAAAUUGAAAAUGAAUACAACCGCAGUUGCACUAAAACCUUUGAGUCAAAUAUGAUAGAAAGAGAAUUAAAUGGGCACGGUUACAUUAUGUUUUUUAAUCUGGAAUUAAUUAUUCCGAAUUAAAUAAUUCCGAAUUAAACUAUUAUUGGGAAGGGUUCUGAUUGGAUAGGGGGGCGGACCCCCAGGAGUCUCUCUGGAGCAGGAAAACAGAAGAGGAAGCUCAGGAUUACCUCCAAAACUCCGGCUCUACAAUGGCCACGGUUACAUGAUGUUUUAUAAUUUGGAAUUAAUAAUUGAAUUAAAUAAUUCCGAAUUAAACUAUUUUCCUUCGAGUUUACAUGGAAAUAGUAAUUCAGAAUUGAGGUUUACAUGGAAAACACGUUUGGUCGGCUUUAUCCAAUUCCUCUUCAGGUCUGGGGGUUGGGAAGAAAAGCAAACUUAGCCGCUACAACUUUGAAAAGCUCACAAUUUUAGUUUCCCGCCAUCUGUUCUUUUAAUUAUUUCCAGGUCCUCCAAGCUAUUUAUUAAAUAAAUGGUCUCUGCUCUUGACCAGCGUUUACUGCUGCUGCAUCUUGAAACUUUGUUUGAAAACCAGCCCAGCGCGGAAUAUAAGCGUCAUGGAGACAGACGGGCGAGGGAACGAACAGCGCAGAAAGACCGGAAUUAAUUUAGGGCGGAAUGAGUGUUUACAUGAUCGCGGAAUUAUUCUAUUCGGAUUUAAAAUCAGAAUAAACCAGCCACUUACUUUGGAAUUAAAUUUAAUUUGGAAUGGUCAUUUUCAUUCGGAAUUAGGUGUUUACAUGGUAAUUUUUACUAAUUUUAAAUCGGAUCUAAUUUUAAUUCUGAAUUAAAGAGGAAUUAAAUUUCCCAUGUAAACGCACUGAUUGACAAUAAAAUAUCCAUCCAUUCAUCUCCUCUUACCCGGGCGGGGGACGGAGAGGUCCACACAUGCCCCUCUCCAUCCACUCCCUGAGCUCCUCCGGUCAAAUACCCAGGUGGUCCCAGGCCAGUUCAGAGCUAGAAUCUCUCCAGGGUGUCCUGGGUCGGAGGUUUAGCAAUCAACCAGACUGUUUUCUCCAGUGCCCCUGCAUGGACCGUCAGGAAACACCUUCGAAAAGAGGGCAACCACCACCCCAGUGCACCGGUCCAGAAGAUCUGCCCUAGAAGUCCAUGUGAUGUAGAGGAACCAAGACGCCCUGCAACACCAUCAGAUUUUCAGAUCCCAUAAACCCAAAUUCUAUUCACAACAUAUUUUACUGCUUCAUGCUUCAAAUGUUUGGAUUUGAAUAAUUUAUGAGUUUAUUAGACUUGCAAAUCAGUGAAUUCUGUUUUUAUUUACACUUUGAAGGUGUCCCGACAUUUUUGCAGUUGGGGUUUUGCACUGGAUCCGGGGGAGAAGGACGACUGCAGUCCAAAGAGAUGUAGGACUUUCUUGUUGUUUUUGUUUUGCAUUUCUUUUUUGUCUUUGCAGAAGAAGAAAAAAAUAUUGUUGUUAUUGUGUUAUUAUUUUUCACGAAGUCCCCAGUGUACCACAGCCUUGUUUUUGUCCAAAUCCCGCAGAGAUACGGGACAACAGCAACUGUUUCAGCCAUGACUUCACAGCGCCGCUCAGAGCAGCUGGUUUGGGGGACUUGACUCCACCCCCUUUUUGCAUAACAGCUAAAUUUACCUGCUUCUGAGAUGCAGCAAAGUUGUGGGGGGAAUGUGCAGUGUAAUUUUAGCGUUUUGUAUGAACUUUGUAAGGAUUUUGCAUCGAUAUUUAAUUCGUAGAUAUUUCUUGACAUUAAGUUUGUCUUUAAAACACUUUUCUUUAAACAUAUAAAGAUUUUCUUUUGUGUGACUGCUGCUUGAACGUUUUUCCACACAGACCAGGAUUGUAGCACGGUACAGCAUACUGUCCUUCUUUAGUCCUGUUUCUUUGCGUAAAAGCAAAAUAAAACUCAUACAGUUGCAGUUUUAAAGCAGACCUUGUUACAACCAAAAACGUAAUAACGGCCAAUAACGUAAUAACUGCCAAUAAUGUAAUAAUUUUGGCCAUUUAAAAUGUAAUAAAGCCAAUAGUGUAAUAAUGUGCCAAUAAUGUAAUAAAACUUUUGAGUCAAUAAUGUAAUAACUUUUUGCCGAUAAUGUAAUAAUUUUGUAAUACUUUUUUAAUACCAGGCCAAUAACGUAAUAACCAGCCAAUAAUGUAAUGCCUUAUUACAUUAUCGGCAAAAAGUUAAAAAGUUAUAACUGCUCUGGGGAAGGUCCCCAAUGAUCUCCUCUGGUCCUCUGAUGGUGGAAUCGUAUCUGUCCUUGUCUUGGUGGACCUCACUGCUGUAUUUAAUCCCAACAUUUUACGACAAAGACAUGUUAUUGGAAUGAAAGGA